UUCAAUUGGAGCCGCCGGAGACAAAUUGAUUGGCGCCAUUUUGAAGCUAGGGGAAGGUGAUUGUACAGAGCGGAAUUACCGGGACGGAGACGAGUGCUGUGGAUUAGAGUUGGAGGGGAGGGAGAACACCGAGCUCAAAAUUUCAGAGUGGGGGAAGAGUUCGUAUUAAAUUAUACAACAAUGUCACAUUCAAAGGCAAAAGGUAAUGAUGGCAAGAUCACAUAUCCACCUGGAGUUAAAGAAAUUUCGGAUAAAAUAUCCAAGGAAGAAAUGGUGCGACGGUUGAAGAUGGUUGUAAAAACAUUCAUGGAUAUGGAUCAAGACUCCGAAGAAGAAAAAGAGCAUUAUUUAAAUCUUGCUUUGCAUCUGGCCUCUGAUUUUUUUCUUAAACACCCUGAUAAAGAUGUUCGCUUGCUAGUAGCCUGCUGCCUUGCAGAUAUUUUCAGGAUAUAUGCCCCUGAGGCUCCAUAUACCUCUCCAGAUAAACUAAAGGAUAUAUUUAUGUUUAUUACAAGGCAAUUGAAGGGUCUUGAAGAUACAAAGAGUCCACAGUUCAACAGAUAUUUCUAUUUGCUUGAGAAUAUUGCAUGGGUAAAGUCGUACAACAUAUGCUUUGAAUUAGAAGACAGUAAUGAAAUUUUUACUCAGCUCUACAGAACAUUAUUCUCUGUUAUUAAUAAUGGACAUAAUCAAAAAGUUCACAUGCACAUGGUGGAUCUAAUGAGCUCUAUCAUAUGUGAAGGUGACACGGUUUCUCAAGAGCUGCUGGAUUCUGUCCUAGUAAACUUGGUGCCUGCACACAAGAAUCUAAACAAGCAAGCAUAUGACCUGGCAAAAGCGCUACUAAAAAGAACAGCUCAAGCUAUUGAACCAUACAUUACAAACUUUUUUAACCAGGUUCUCAUGCUCGGGAAAACUUCAAUUAGUGAUUUGUCUGAACACGUCUUUGAUUUGAUAUUGGAGUUGUAUAACAUUGAUAGUCACCUGCUUCUCUCGGUUCUACCUCAACUGGAGUUCAAACUCAAGAGCAACGACAACGAGGAACGACUGCAAGUGGUCAAAUUGUUAGCAAAAAUGUUUGGAGCUAAGGAUUCAGAACUAGCUUCUCAAAACAAACCUCUGUGGCAGUGCUACUUGGGAAGGUUUAAUGACAUACAUGUGCCUAUUCGCUUGGAAUGUGUAAAGUUUGCUAGUCACUGCUUAAUGAACCACCCUGACUUGGCAAAGGAUUUAACAGAAUAUCUAAAAGUAAGAUCCCAUGACCCUGAGGAAGCCAUUCGGCAUGAUGUCAUUGUGUCUAUAGUUACUGCUGCUAAGAAAGAUCUUCUGCUUGUCAAUGAUCAUCUGCUUAAUUUUGUUCGUGAAAGAACUUUGGAUAAAAGGUGGAGAGUAAGAAAAGAAGCAAUGAUGGGACUUGCACAAAUCUACAAGAAAUAUGCACUGCAGGCAGAAGCUGGAAAAGAGUCUGCAAAACAAAUCUCAUGGAUUAAAGAUAAACUUCUUCAUAUAUAUUACCAAAACAGUAUUGAUGAUAGAUUGCUUGUUGAACGCAUUUUUGCUCAGUACAUGGUCCCUCACAAUUUAGAGACUACGGAACGGAUGAAGUGUUUGUACUAUUUAUAUGCAACGUUGGAUUUAAACGCUGUAAAAGCGUUGAAUGAAAUGUGGAAAUGCCAGAACAUGCUUAGGCAUCAUGUAAAGGAUUUGUUAGACUUGAUCAAAAAGCCAAAAACAGAAGCUGGCAGUAAAGCAAUAUUUUCGAAAGUGAUGGUUAUUACAAGAAACUUGCCAGACCCUGGCAAAGGCCAAGAUUUUUUAAAAAAAUUUACACAAGUUCUAGAAGAAGAUGAGAAAAUCAGAAAUCAGCUGGAGAAACUUGUCAGCCCCAUGUGUUCAUGCCGGCAGGCAGAAGUUUGUGUGCGAGAUAUUACAAAAAAAUUAGGAAAUCCAAAACAACCAACAAACCCAUUUCUAGAAAUGAUGAAGUUUCUUCUGGAAAGGAUAGCCCCAGUGCAUAUCGAUACUGAAUCAAUCAGCUCCCUUAUUAAACUGGUGAACAAGUCUAUAGAUGGCACAGCAGAUGAUGAAGAAGAAGGUGUUCCGACAGAGCAAGCAAUCCGAGCAGGUCUUGAACUACUUAAGGUCCUUUCAUUCACACAUCCAAUCACAUUUCAUUCAGCGGAAACCUUUGAAUCCCUUUUGGCUUGUCUAAAAAUGGAUGACGAAAAGGUAGCCGAGGCCGCACUGCAAAUUUUCAGGAACACUGGAAACAAAAUUGAAGAAGAUUUUCCUCACAUCAGAUCUGCUUUGCUUCCAGUUUUGCAACAAAAAGCUAAAAAGGGACCUCCCCAGCAAGCCAAAUAUUCAAUUCAUUGUAUCAAUGCUAUAUUUUCCAGCAAGGAAACACAGUUUGCCCAAAUAUUUGAGCCAUUGCAUAAGAGCUUGGACCCUAGCAACCCUGAACAUCUCAUCACUUCACUUGUGUCAAUUGGACAUAUUGCUCAGCUUGCACCAGAUCAAUUUGCUGCCCCCUUAAAAUCUUUGGUUGCAACUUUUGUUGUUAAGGAUUUGCUAAUGACUGACAGGCUUCCUGGUAGAAAGACUACAAAGCUUUGGGUAUCAGAUGAUGAAGUAUCACCCGAAACACUUGUAAAAAUUCAAGCUAUUAAAAUGAUGGUACGUUGGUUGCUAGGAAUGAAAAAUAACCACAGUAAAUCAGGGACAUCUACAUUAAGACUGCUAACAGCAAUAUUACAUACUGAUGGAGAUUUAACAGAGCAUGGAAAAUUAAGUAAACCAGACAUGUCUCGGCUAAGAUUAGCUGCUGGCUCUGCCAUUGUAAAACUAGCACAAGAACCCUGUUACCAUGAAAUCAUUACGCUAGAACAGUACCAGCUUUGUGCAUUAGUCAUCAAUGAUGAAUGUUACCAAGUUAGACAGUUUUUUGCGCAAAAACUUCACAAAGGGCUUUCCAGGUUACGACUUCCGCUUGAAUACAUGGCUAUCUGUGCACUGUGCGCAAAAGAUCCUGUGAAAGAGAGAAGAGCCCAUGCCAGACAAUGCCUGGUGAAAAAUAUAAACAUUAGAAGAGAGUAUCUGAAGCAGCACGCAGCUGUAAGUGAAAAGCUGUUUUCUCUUCUGCCGGAGUAUGUAGUCCCUUACACAAUUCACCUUCUUGCACAUGACCCAGAUUAUGUGAAAGUUCAAGAUAUAGAACAACUUAAAGAUAUUAAAGAGUGUCUCUGGUUCAUUCUGGAAAUCCUUAUGGCAAAAAAUGAAAAUAACAGCCAUGCAUUUAUCAGAAAAAUGGUGGAAAACAUUAAGCAAACAAAGGAUGCACAAGCACCGGAUGACCCCAAGAUGAAUGAAAAGUUAUACACAGUUUGUGAUGUGGCUAUGAAUAUAAUUAUUGCAAAGAGUACGACAUAUAGUUUAGAAUCGCCUAAAGAUCCAGUGUUGCCAGCACGUUAUUUCACACAGCCCGAUAAGAAUUUCAGCAACACAAAAAAUUAUCUUCCUGCAGAACUGAAAUCAUUUUUCACUCCAGGCAAGCCAAAAUCUGCAAAUGUCCUUGGAGCAGUCAAUAAACCCUUAUCAACAGCUGGAAAACAGAUGCAGUCAAAGUCUUCUCGAAUGGAGACUGUAAGCAACGCUAGCAGCAAUUCUAAUCCAAGCUCUCCAGGGAGAAUGAAGGGAAGUACUGACCUGGAUCAAAUUGAAAAUGAUGAUUAUACUAUGAUGUCGUCUCCGCUCUCUGGGAAAAAAGGCGAUGAUUCCGACCUUCUGAGGUCUGAAAUUGAAAAACCUAGAGGACGCAAAAAACAGUCAUUUAUUGACCAAGAGGAUAGUCUGAGCAUGGAAGAUCUGUCUAAAUCUACAGAUCUACAGAAAUCUAGAACUGGUCAGCGUGGACGAAAAAGGGCCACUGUUGCAUCUGAGUCAGAUGACCAAUCUUGGCCAGACAAGCGCUUAAAGGAUGACUUGCUAGAAAAUGAGGAUGAACAGAAUAGUCCACCUAAAAAAACAAGAAGGGGGCGACCGCCAAAGUCUGCAAAAGGGACAGUGACAAAAGAAGAGUCAUCGGUAAAGACUCCAAAAAGAGGUAGAAAAAAGGCAGUGACAGUGGAUAGUCCACCAGAUCAGGAGGAUGAACAUCAUGAUAUGAGUGAAGAACAAGAUGUUGAAAUUGUAGUACAGAAACGAAAAGGAAGAGGUCCAGCAAAAACGCAGCGAAAAACACCACAAAGAAAUGAUCUGUCAGAAUCUGGUCUGGACUCCUCUCAGUCGACACCACAGAAACGAAGAGGGAGACCACCUAAAAAUCCCCCAGUUCAAGUAAAGAAAAGUAAUGUAGGACGGCCAAGAAAGGUAGUAAGUCAAGAACCUGAAUCUGAGGAGGAGAUGGAUAUUUCUCAGAAUAGCCCUGCUAAUAGUGAUCUAUCCAUUGACGAAGAUAGUACAGAAGAGGAAGUAAGCACUAUUGCUGUUCGCCGGUCGUCAAAAAAACGAUGAGUUUAGGUUUCUGUCUAGAAUCUAGAACCAAAAGAAGAUGGAAAACUGCUAAGUGAAGUCUGAAGGUUUUCGUACAGGAUGGGACAGUGAAUGAUAGAUAACAUUCAUAAAUGUUCAUCAUACUCUUGCAUUUGCAUUUACAAUCGUUUAUCAUUAGCUGUGGGUAUUUUUGUGAUUUGUAAUGUGCGCUGGGCAUAUAUAUAUGAACAUGUAAAUAACUUUUUUAUUGUUUCAUAAAGUGCUUGUAUAGCUUUUACUUUGCAGCUUUAAAUGGAGAUUACCAAAACUGGCCAUCAUUUUUUCCAGUCUUGACGGACUCAAAAAAGAGCUUGUUACAAUGAAAUAGAAGCAAUACCUGCUGUUUGUGAUGUACUGUCCUUGGAAUUUGUCUGUGAAACAACCAGUUAAAGGACUUUGUAUUUUUGCCACUUUGUGUGAGUUCAAAUGGGUUUUAUACCUUUUUAUGUAUUCAGUCUUCUGUUUUAAUUCUUAGCACCUGGCGUUGGUGCUCACCCAACCUAAGCUUUUCCGGCAACAAGAUGUUUGGAAGAGAGAAUGCAAUAUCCUUACAGGAGCAAAUUAUGAACUUGUCCAAAUAUUGAUCUCCACCUCAGUAUUGAUGCCAGAUAUUACUGGCUGUUUUGUGGCAUUGCAAAUUGUAAGAAAAAUGAUUUAAAAUAUUUUAAGUUUUUUUUUAAAUGUUUGCUCUAUGAAAUAAUGUAUUAAAGUCGCUACCUAUUUUAUCUUCCCUUUAGUAUUCAGUAAUCUACUGACACAAUAACUCCGUUUUGCUCUCCCCAGGUAAAGGAAGGCAUUUUAAUAACACUUUGAAUGCAAGUUCUCACAUUUUGGGGAUAUUGCUAAGUGUUGAUGUAUUAUGGACUUAAGGUGCACUGAAGCCAGUUUUUUAAAGCCGUUAACCUGGCAGUAAUUGUUAUAUAUUAAGGUAUUAGUAGUAAAACAUAGUUUUAUUACGAUGUAAAGCAAUCUAUAAAGUAUGAAUUAAUUAUUUUUUUUGCAAAUGUGUGCUAAACUACACGUAUUUGUCUAAUUUUAGGGGGUUGCAUGACUGUAAACAGGGGGGAUAAUGUAGCUUUUAUAUAUUUUCUUGAAUUUGUGCAAAGGUUGCUUCUUUCUUAUUUUUCUGUGCCAACUCCAAAUUAUAUGUUAAGGAGAAUGGUCUGAGGACAGAGUACAAUUAGGUAUUAUUUUUUUGUUUUUUUGCUAAGGCAAUUAGCAUAAAAACGGGUGCAUAAAAUUUGGAAAGUAAAGUGAAAUGAUCUCAGCUGUAAUUAAAUGCAUUUCCCAGUUUAGUGAUUAUAUUUUCAAAAAGGAAUAUUGUUUCUAAAUUUAUCAUGACAACUUUUCUGCACUGUUAAUGUUUGAAUGCAUCAGAUAUCAGAAAUAUUUACCUUCAGAGUUAUUGUUGGUUUUGCCUGGGAAUUGUUGAAAAUAAUAUAUUUAUAAUAAUGAAUUGCCUUGAACUGAGGUUUUAAUACAUUAUAAAUAUUAACUUCAAAUAUCUAACAAA